UGCGUUUUUUGUAACAAUGAAUAUCAACUUGGCACUUGCUCAUCACAAUUUUUCAAGCUUCACACUUGCCUGAAACGAUAAUGGCUGAAAAACUUGUGCUUAUCGACACCGACGCUGGAACGGAUGACGCGUGGGGGUUAUUCAUGGCGUUGGCGGCACAUAGAGACCUUAAUCCGCCCUUGUUUCGCAUUGUGGGGAUCACGACCUCGUGUGGAAACACGAUGGUGGACAAUGUCGCCAACAACGUGACUCGUGUUCUGGACACCGUUCAGGACACAACGACACCGAUAUACAAAGGAAUGGACGGCUUUAUGUUGAGCGAUUUCCGAUUUCUGGAAGAUCCGCCGUAUCAUGGGGAGGAUGGUUUUGGAGAUGCGAACCUCCCACCGAUUCCCACCCGGGUGCAAGCGGAACAUUCCAUUCAAGCAAUUAUAAGACUAGCAGAAAUGUAUCAAGGACAACUAACUAUGGUUUGUUUUGGACCACUCACCAAUCUGGCAAUGGCUGUUAAAAUGCAGCCCCAAAUUAAAAAUUGGUUUAAAGAGAUUUACGUUUUGGGUGGAAAUAUUCAAGGCGUUGGAAAUGUCGUGGGUGUGAGCAGCAGUGCCGAAUUUAACUUUUUCGUGGAUCCGGAAGCUGCGCAAGUGGUACUUGACAGCUUUGAAGGAACCCCCAUUUAUGACCUUCCCUGGGAAAUUAUGCUCGAAACCAAAUCAACACACGAUUUCCGAACACAAAAUCUUGGAAAUAUGGGGACGCCCACGAUGGCUCUGAUGAAUGCAAUUGAAGCCAAGAACUUGGGCGAGGUUACCGAUUACUGGUUGGCUCCAGAUCCCAUUCUCAUUGCUUGCGUCAUUGACCCAACCAUAAUGCUUGAGCUUGAAGACCAACGCUGCGAUGUGGAAUUAACUGGCGAAUUGACGAGAGGGAUGAUGGUUCUGGAUAGAAAUCCAAACAGUGCAAAACCUAAAAAUGUAAAGGUUAUCAUGAGCGUGAAUUUGAGUCGGUAUGAAGCCAUGCUAAUUUGGGCAGCUGGGGGUCCACGGCCAUAAAUUGGAACGAGCUGGACAUAUAUUUUGUAAAAAAAAUGCUGACCUGAUUUUCCUGUGUAUUUAUCAUAAUUAAAAAUAUUUAUAUGUACAUCAGUAUUAAUUAGCUGAGUUUUGAUAGUUUAGUUUCUAGUGAGCAAUAUGACAAGUCAGUGGUUGAUCUAAUUACUAGUCUUAUCACAAUCGCUCGCUCGGUGGUUUCAAUUUCCGGUGUGUUUAAUUAUUUUGACUUUGUGCAUUAAAAUAUUAAAAGGAAACUGCA